UGAAACCUUUAUCUGAUUAAUGAUGUGGAAGAUAUUUUCGGUUUUCCAGGUGCAAGCUAAGAUGUUGGGAAAGAUUUUGUGUUUCUGCAUGGUUGUACAGGGACAAAAAGCAAAUGAGUCGGCAGAAAGGAGAGAUUUCCGAGGAGCCAGGAGCUACACCUAUCCUCCACAGACAAUGUCAGAAAGGCAAGGUGGACCCAUUCCUGACUAUGCACCAUACCCCUCAGCUAGUGGAAACGGAGCACAAGCCUAUAAUCCGUAUGCGUUGAGCCAACCAUGGAAUCCUUACUCAUUCCAGGCGAUGAAGCCUGCAGAACAUCCAUCAGAACCUAAUCCUGAUAGUCAGUAUUCAUCCCCACAUUCAAGUAAAGGAAACUCUCAAGCCCAUCACACUGCAUGGUCUCCAGCUCCCCCUGCUAGUCAGGCUCAAUGGCCUUCAGGAUCGCAGAUGUCUGCGCCGUGGUCGAGCCCUACUCAUCCUCCAGCACAUAGUGGAUACAACCCGUGGGCAUCUGCUCCACAAGGAGCUUCUUCUCAUUCAUACCCGCCACCAUCUGCCACUUUCCCUCAUGUUUCUUCUUAUCCCCCUCCUUCUCAGACCUUUUCACCUCCUUCUCCAAAAUAUCCUCCUAAGAAUCCAUCAAAGAUUCCAGAAUCCUGUCUGUACUGUCCUGCAUCUGCCUCCUUUAAAGGAUAUGAACAGAUUUAUAAUGUCAGAGAUGUGAAUGCUGCAAAUAUAGAUGUAGUUGCUGGGAUUGGCGGAUCAUUUUUAGCUGGGACUGCUUUGGAUGAAGAUUCGGAAAUAGGCUCUGGUUGGUGGAUGGAUACUCAGGAUAGAUCAUUUGCUCUAGGUGGACUUAAAAGUUGUCUGCAGCACUUAACCUUCGCCAACCUUCUGGAAACUUUGAAUCCUAAUUUGCGAGGAGUUAAUUUUGAUGAAAGAAAUGCCGGUUAUCUGUUUGCAUUUGGACCUUUUGCUGACACUUCUAACGAAGCACCUCUCACUUUAGAUCCAAACGACCCUGAGAGAACCCUAGUAUCCGAGGCAGAUCAGGUUGUGGAUAUGAUGGAAAUGGACUCGCAAAUUUCUCCAGAACAUUGGAAGCUUGUGUUUGUCAUGCCUAAGGAAUACUAUAUAUGCAGGGCUUGUGCACUUUCGGAAGCUGACAUUGAAAUCGAUCUUGAAGCAUUUGAAACUGAUUUCAAGAAAUCUAUAGAUCGUCUGUUAUCUCUGGAAAAUGUGAUUGUCGUCGUUAUUCAAUUUCCAGAUUUGGGCAAGAUAUCGUCAGCAACUGGGUUUAGAGAAUGUGACAUGGUAGAUUUAGGGUUUGCUUGUCCUUGUGUUAGAGAGACAGACUUCCCAGAGAAUGUUCAGAUGUAUGCGGAAAAGGUGGAGCAGGCUGUCAACAGUUACAGAACUAAGCUACUGCAUAGACAGGAUGCAUCUAUAAUCUUGGUAGAUCCAUGGAAGGAUGCAAUUAAUAUGUUUGCUGAUACAGAUCUACUGGCACCGAAUUGUUUCAACUGGGGUGAAGACUUGACUGCAACAGCUGCUGCCUUGCUCUGGAAUUCUGUAUGGAGAUCUUACAAUGCUUACAAUAGACAAGUUGAUGUCGGAAAUCUGGAUGGUGCUAAUAUAAUUAGUGGAAAGAACUCUGAAAAUCUACGCUUGGUCUGUCCUAACGGACCUUUGCUUAAUAAUCAUCGUAAUUAGUGAAAUUUGUUUUAUUUAGCGAUAUUUUAUGUAUAUUUUAUAGUGGAAUUUUAGCUGAUGUCUUUUAGAUGAAUUGUUAAUAAAUAGAUCUCUUUAA